UUCCCAUCCACCACCCCCAAAAAACCACAAAACAUCGUGUAAGCCGUCGUCUUGCGCUCCAUUCGUGAGCUCAUGCUUACCCCCAGUUUUUGUGCUCUUGCUGCUUUUCCUUGACCCGUUCUUUGCUUCCGUCAACCCUCAAAAUACGCCAUGUCUUUUGCUAAACGAUUCGUUUCCACCGCUAGCACAAUGUCCCAAGUCUACUUUGACAUCGCCAUCAACAACGCCCCCGCCGGCCGAAUCACCUUCAAGCUCUUCGACGACGUCGUCCCCAAGACCGCCGAGAACUUCAGGCAGCUCUGUACCGGCGCCAAGGGCUUCGGUUACGCCGGCUCUGGCUUCCACCGAGUCAUCCCCCAGUUCAUGCUCCAGGGUGGUGACUUCACCAACCACAACGGUACCGGUGGCAAGUCCAUCUACGGCGCCAAGUUCGCCGACGAGAACUUCAAGCUCCGUCACGACCGCCCCUUCCUCCUCUCCAUGGCCAACGCCGGCCCCGGUACCAACGGUUCCCAGUUCUUCAUCACCACCGUUGUCACCUCUUGGUUGGACGGCAAGCACGUCGUCUUCGGUGAGGUCACCCAGGGCCAGGACCUCGUCAAGCAGAUCGAGGGCCUCGGUUCCGACUCUGGCAAGCCCAAGGCCAAGGUCACCAUCUCCGCUUCCGGUACCGUCUAAGCUUCUCACAGCUUUUGGCAUGAACUUGUGAAAGCAAGAUGAAAGGAGUGAAUAAGCAAGAAAGAGUAAAGAAGGUGUUUUCAGGUGUAUGAAUCUUUGUGUUCUGCCCCC